AUUUUUGUUAUUGUUUUCUUAUAACGAGGCCAUACAUAGAGGAUCAUAGAUAGUGACACGCGAUAAACACCCAAAAACUUUUGUCAUCGUGCCUAAUUCUAGUAUCUUCGGAUCCAAGUUUUGUAGAGAGAGAAACGAGGUCACAGCUUGCUGGUUCCCACACCCCACCCUAGUUGACUUGUCAUCACCUUCCGAAGACUUGGUCGCUCAUCAACUCGUGCUGCCCACGGCUUUCUCCGUCCCCUCCGAUAUCAAUUCUCACCUUCAUCACCAACGUCAACCUCUGUUUAAAUCUCUCAACCUCCUUCCAGUCUUCUCCACAACUCAGUAGUUUUCUCUCUCUCUCUCUCUCUCUCUCUCUCUCUCUCUCUUUCUCUCUCUCUCUUGUCUGUCUUUCUCCCGGAAUCAAAAGCAAUGAAGAAAAUUGUAGUGAGGCUGGAUCUACACGAUGACAAAGACAAGCGCAAGGCUUUGAAGACGGUAACCUCGCUGACAGGGAUCGAUUCAAUCGCGAUGGAUAUGAAGGAGAUGAAGCUUACAGUGGUGGGGGCUGUGGACCCCAUCGAUGUGGUCACGAAGCUAAGGUGUGAAGUGGGCGGAGGCGUCGGCGGUGGUGGGGGCGCAAAGGAGGGGGGCGGCGGCGGCGGCGGCGGUGGAGGCGCGGAGAAGAAAAAGGAUCCGAACGAACAAAUAGCAGAGUUGGUAAGAGCCUACCAAGCCUACAAUCCCUAUAUGACGACGCAUUAUGUCGUCCAUAGCGCAGAGGAGAACCCAAACGCAUGCGUCAUUUGCUAAUUAAUAGAACUUUUAUUUAUAUCAUUUUUGCUGCACAAAGUUUUCCAAAAAAAAAAAAAAGAUUGUAAAUAAGCGUUAGAGGAUGUUAAUGCUCCGUGGACUUCUACGCACCAAAAAAAAAUGUCGAAAUGAUUAUCAAAAAGCGAUUUUUUUUUUUCUUAGGUACUGUAAAUAGUGCGACAUAUUAAUAGGAUUAGAAGAGAUUAAUGCUCGAAGAGCUAGAUUUAUUGUUAUUUGUAAUUGUAAGACUUUUUUGUAAGCUAUAUGUAUUAAAAGAUAAAUGCUCGAUUGAUUGAGCUAAAAAUUUCUAUGCAGGAUUCGCAUGUGACAGUUUCUUUCUAUUUCAGCUAAGAUUUCACAGAGAGCAUCUAGAGUUUAAAGUUUCCUCCAUUAAUAAUUGUAAUCUGGGGAUUACAGUUAUGUUUUGGAAUGAAAAGCAAAUGAAUAGAAAUGUUGGUGCAGCUUAGAUGAGUGGCUGCAGAUUAAUAACUGACUUAUCAAUUAUUUGGUUUUCAGUUUCUUUCCUAAAAGAAGUUCUAAAAAGCUGUGUAACGAUUGUUAGCUGUG